AUGUUUAUUCGACCCGUUGCUAAAGUCAAGAGGGUACUGCCUGCUGAUGCCUGGUGGAAGAGGUAUCCCUCAAAAGAACUUAAAAUGGAGAAAAAAACAGCCUGGAUGGAUCUUCUCGAGGGCUACAUCACCAGAUCCCAUAUUCAUGGGCUAUAUUUGCUCUUUCUGCCUACAAUGCGCAGACGAAUGAGGUUCCUGUGGUCCCUCGCCCUGAUCUCUGCUUGCUCGGUACUCGUCUACGUGAGCUAUCUGCUGGGCGAGCGGUACCACAGCAAGCAGUUCAAGACCAUUGUGGCCCAUUCGCACGCCUCCAUACAUCACAUCGCCUUUCCGGUGGUCAUCAUCUGCAACAGAAACCGACUGAACUGGUCUCGGCUACCGGAGGUCAAGCUGCAAUACAACAUUACGCCGACCCAAGAGGUUCUUUUCGAGCGCAUUCUCACUGCCUACGACGGCUUGAGCUUCCAUCAGUUCAACGUUUUCGAUUCCCUGCAGGGUGAGUACUUGGACGACCUGAAUCACCUUAACUUUACCCAGAUUGUUACGGAGUUGUCCUGGAGGUGUGACGAAAUUCUAGCGGAUUGCCACUGGCAAACAGCGCCCCGGGACUGCUGUAAGAUCUUCAGACCCCGCCGGCUGCCUUUGGGAUUAUGCCUGGCCUUCAAUGAGCUGGAGCAGCGAAGGGGAACGGAUACUGGCAUAAACACGGGGCUGCUUCUCCGGCUACAGCUUCAAGAAGACAGCCAUGCUCCGGGCAACAGGGGUCAAAAAGGAUUUCUGCUGAACGUGGUGGAGGCCGACGUGUGGUUCGGCUUCGAUAUUGAAGUUGUACCCCACUACCGGACCAAUGUGGCCGUCACAGCAGUGUACCAUUACUUCGACGACAGUACCUUGAGUCUGUCCUCGCGGUGGCGGCGUUGCGUGAAGGACUACGAGCAGGACAGCGAGCACUUUCAGACCCUGGAGGGGCAGAAGUACAUGCUGGAGAACUGCAUGGCCGAGUGCCAGCAGCGAUAUCUGCUGCGCUACUGCAACUGCACUUUGGAUCUGUUCUAUCCGCCCUCCGAGUACGCCGCCUGCAGGCUAAAAGACCUGCCUUGCCUGUCCUCCCACAAUCACCUCCUGCAGAACUUCGAGCAGGUGGGAGAGCACCCGUACGUCCACCGAGAGGAAGCGGGUCUGCUGUGCGAAUGUCUGCACAACUGCAAAUCCCUGACCUUGGUGACUGACAUGCGCAAGAGCGUCCAGCAGCCCUGGCUGCAGGCCAACUCGAGCCGCCUCAGGAACACGUGGCUCAAUGUGUACUUCAAGAAACCAUCGAUGCUGGUCUACAAGACAAACUUGAUCUACACCUGGGUGGAUUUGAUCGUUUCCUUUGGCGGAAUUUGUCAGCUUUGCUUAGGCUGCUCAAUUAUCAGUCUUAUAGAGUUUAUGUUCUUUGCACUCUUCAAAGUCCCACAAUUCUACUGGAAACGAGCAAGAGGUGGACUUAAUAAAUAA